AGGGAUGUUCGUCACGGUCGACCCCCAAGCCUUCGGCCGCCGUCGCCCACGAUGCGGCCCAAUAUAACAUUCCAAACGUACGCCUGUCCGCCUGCUUAUGCCGCCUGGUACUGCCUCAACGGUACCGUCAAGAUCGGCGAGUCCAUCCUCUACAACUGCGAGUGCGCAGAUGGAUACAUGGGUCAACGGUGUGAGUUCAAGGACCUAGAUGGGUCAUACUUACCAACGCGGGAGAAGGUGUUGCUGGAGACUGCAUCUAUUGCUGGUGGUGCGACGGUUGCUUGUGUGCUGGUGUUUGUGGUGCUCUUUGCCGUCUAUGUGUUCAUGCAGAAAGACAAGGACAAGCGGUGCAGGGAUCUUGAUGAUGGACGAAACAACGACCGACAGCCAUUUUCAGGUUACCAAAACCCACGGCCAGAGAUAAUCCGAACCAUAAGCAAUCCCUAUGCUCGCACUAUUGAGGAGCUGAGCCAUGUUGAAGUGCAACCAACCAAAACUGUUCCCAGUCCAGAGAGCAGCAAGGAUACGAACACUAGCAGUAACGUACGUGCCAGCACCACCAGCACCACCAACAUCAACAUCACCAACACCACCGACACCAACUCCACCGACACCAAUGUCCAUAGUGCUCAGGAUCCUUCGUAGUGACACCGAAUUUCCGACCUCUAAACACACAUUAACGGAUGCUGUACGACCAUUACUGUGCACGCUGUUAUAGUGUUACAAGGAACAUUAUUUCAAGCCUUUUCUGUUGCACAUUGGCAUCCUUACUUCUCUUGGUGCUCACUAAGUACUCAGCCAACAUGGAUGUCUAACUUUGUAAGCCUAGGAGGGAUGAGUGAUUGUAACUGCAUGCAAAUGGCAACUCUGGCCACUGUAAUUGUAGACAUGAAAGAAAUAUUGUGUAUCUUCUUGUGUUUAAAGGAUCUACAAGUGGCACAGUCUUUAAAACCUGUAUGGCUGUUGAUGCUGAAUGUGACAUAUACUCAAUUAUCUCAAGAUGCCUGUUAUGCUGUCUUUUAGAGUCACAGAGUAAUAUAUAAUAUUUUAGUGUGUACCAUAUAUGUGGUCUGCCUUGUGUACAUAUAAAUAACAGUUUGUCUUGAAAGGUGCCUGUUUGCACACAUGCCCUCCAUAUUAUAGGCUUAAAAGGGCCACAUUUAGCUAUCACAAAUGUCCAGGGUGUCUAUAUUUACUCAGUUUGGCCCGGGAUUCAUCCUAGGAAAUGACUUUCAACACUUUAGACUUACCCGUGAGUGUACUUGCUAAUGUGUCACAGCCGUCCAUGUUGUACUUAUGUAAUCCAGUUUGUAUGUGGAAUCCAAAGAAUAACAUCAUAAUUUAUGUAGCUUUUUCAUGCUUGUAUCUUCAUAGUAAAGUUGCACAGUUUAUUUUUCAUAGAUGUAUUCCCAUUUAUUUUCAUGCUGUGCUUGGAUAUUGCAUUACUGUACAUUCCCAGCUAAACAGUUCCCCUUGUGUAAGGGUCUGGCAGGCUACUAGCCACCUAUUCCAGACAAUUCCAUUAGGUCCGUUCCAGUGCUGUUGACUCUUUAUUUAGUGGUCAUUAUUUUAAUGAGUUAAAGUUGUGCAAUCUCUUCUUCUAAUAAAUAUCAUGUAUACUUUGGUUCAAAAAUGUUAAUUGGCCAGCGACCAUUAUAAUGCAAGUUGACGGCACCACUGCCACUUACGGUCCCAAGUAUUGGCUUAUCUGUAUCUUCUGUGGGCUGAUUGAUUUCAGGAUACUUUCAAGAGUGAGCUGCAUUUCCCAUCUUCUCAAAUUUUUUAAAUAUUUUACUUUCCUCUCAUAGUUACACAUACUGCCAGCACAUCUUGGGCCCAGAACAUUAUUAAAAUCCCUUUAACACAUGGCAUUGGCAAAUGUGUUCUUAUCAAUAUUAUUAAUAUAUGUUUAGCACUGCCAGCCUGCAAGCAUGUUACAUCAUUGCUUCGCACUAAGAAUAUCCAGUUUCAGGAUAGAAAAUUGUUCUGUACAUAUUGUAAAGAAGCAAAAUAAAACUGACAGAUGAGGUUACCAGAGUGUUAUUGAUGUAGGCCAACAAGUAGGCUCCUGUUAUGUUUAAUUUUGGCUGGGGUGUUUACCUUACUGUCCCAACUCGCCUUCUUCAUUUUAGAGGCCUCUGGUACCCUCUCCUGGAGGAGCUUAGCUUGUAACAUUUGUAUAUAAAACUACCAAAUUAUUAGCUUAUUGCUGAUUAGCUUUUUGUGUAAGAUUUCUCUAUUUGUAAUUUUUUUUUAUUAUUCCUGAUAUAGUAUUGAUUAUUUAAAAAAAUAAUAAAUAAGAUUAAGGUCAGAUUCACAAUGAAUAUCAGUCGCUGUGAACACUGCUGCUGCAAUAUACCUCGCAAGUUGUUCUGGGUGUGAAGGUUAUUUUUUAUAAAAGAGUUACUCUGCAUUGUCAAGGAAAUCUUAUUCCAUGAUAAUAUAUUUUUCUUUUUAGAUCCAGGCACUGUGCUUACUAAUGAGUGCUUGGAAAUAGUUUGCUUUUUUCUCUAGGAUGUACAAGGGAUAAGUUUUUGAGGCUGUUUUCCUUCAUGUUCAGAACAAUUUUAUCAGUAACAGUGCUCAAGAUGACUUGCAUUCUUUGGUCCACUUGUGUCAGACUCACAGGAACUGCAUAUCAAUAUUUCCAACUGUUGGUUACUGCAGUUGAUGUGUAUGGGCAAAACACUCAGCUUGUUAAGGUUCCUAUGAUGGUAUAUUGUAACUCUGGUUCAUUUUUAGGUCUCCUCCUUUGGCAACUUGUGCUCAGUAAGUCACAAAGGUCAUUUAUUUAGGAAAGUUGUUCCACUGAGGAAUAUUGUUCGUUUCCUGUAGCAUAUCCAGUGUUUAUCUGCUUGUCAUUUACUGUAAAACAAGUCUGUAAGCUUAAAAUAUUAUCUUGCCUUUUACCCUGGUCAUAGAUUUUUAAUGGCUUCCAUAUUAAUCCUAGAGGAAUAGCAGUUAUCACCCAUGUAUCAAGAGAUUGUUCUGUAUACUGUGUCCAUAAACAUUACCUUGUUGUGAACAGUGUUUUACCCAAUAGUCAAAGUCCCAGUAAGCACCCCUGCAUAAUUUGCAUUAGUAGAGCCUAUGUUUGUAGCGAACUAGAUAGAUUAAUUUAUAGUAUGAAGAUUGAGCCACAAAAUAGUAUUAACAUUCAGUAAAUGCAUAAGCCAUGUUGAAGGGAUAGGGGCCUUUGGUGUUUUUCUAGCCUCACUACCUCUGAUAUGCCUUGCUAGUCCACAAAAUGCAGCUUUAACAUCAUAUACAGAUACUCAGUUGUGCAAAAAAUGCAGGGGGUGCACUUUAGCUGUCACCAUACCAAAUUAUUUGUAUAUCAUUUGUUCUUAGGGCAGGGAAGCUGUAAUGCAAGUUGCAUAUUUUUAGAUAAAGGUUAAUAUAUACUUUAAUGCUUCCUUUAUGUAUACUUUAAUCCCAAAGCCAUUUAUCCACUAAGUUUUAUGUACUGGAAAUAUUAAAACUUUUGAUAUUUUGAAAGCAAUAGCCAAUUUUGGUAAUUUUCUUAUUAAUAAUAUACUAUUUAUUUUUGAAAAUCCAAAAAGAUGGAUUUUGACCAAUUAAAGUAAUAUGUGCUGUGGUACAUUAUUUGAAAUAUUUAGAUAAAGGUUGUAUCUCCUCACCUGUACUACUAUUAGUUUUACAUUUUAGAUCAGUACUCUUCUGUACUCUGUUUCUUCACAGUAUUCUAGUUUACUGUGUUAAUGUAUUUCCCAUAUAACAAAACAUUCUCACCUGUAGACACAAGGACAAAUCACUAGUUCAUGAAAUUAGUAAUGUUAAUUUUCCAUAAGAGGAAUAAGGCAGAUUUCCCAUUAUUUAUCUGGGAAGAUUGGUAGCACAGGUGGAAAUAUAUUACUUUCAGAGGACCACCUAGGACAUUAUAAUUUCAUAUAAUGAAGCCUAUUUAAAUGCUAUUUAUGCUUGCAUCUAUAGACCACCAAUAGAGAUUGCUCAAGUGCACUUCUUGAAUUGAGUUACCAAUACUAAAUACUUAGAUAACAAUUAAUUUGUAUACAACCACUGAAAGGCAUAAAUAAUAAUGCAGUAAUUUGUCUGGUAAAUAAAGUAUAACAAUGGCCUUAGACUUAGAGUAACACCCUAGUGUCUUACAAGUAACCUUGUGUUUCCUAUGUUCAUGGUAAUUAUAAUAUAGACCCUAUAUGUUUCAACAGAUCAAAAACAUUUAGAUUCCAGUUGGUUGCAGCUUGAUUAAUCAAAGGGACUUGGAAAUGAAUGAUAGCAGCUGAUUGUCUGUACAGGAAGAUGAUACAAUAUUGUUAUCCAGUGUAUUUUAUUUUAUCAAGUUACUGUCCAUAGAUGAAAUAAAGAAUUUGUUACAAAAA